AUGUCACGAAGAGCACAAGUCGAGCAGCUGGAUAAAGAAGCAGCAAAAGAAGAGAUUCCGGAACUGGAGAAGGAACAAUCCGUACUCGAGAAAAACUUAGAUGAAGCACUUGAAAAGGCCGAGAAUACAGAAGACCCAGAAGAAGCUGCCAAGCAAAAUCGAAUUGCGGACAAAAUUGAAGCUGAUCUGGAGGAUCUCAAAGUGGAGAUCCAACAAACAAAAGAAAAGGCUGCUAUAGAACAACCAAAACAACAGGACGAUGACAAAUCUGAGUAG